AUGCCUCUUCAGCCGUUGGUCUUGUCCGGUCCAUCGGGUGGCGGAAAGUCGACGAUUCUGAAUCGAGCGAUGAGGGAGUACCCGGAUAGCUUUGCUUUCUCCGUUUCUCAUACAACUCGUCGACCACGAGAAGGCGAGCAACACGGUGUGCACUAUUGGUUUACGGAAAGGAAAACCAUGGAAGAAAUGAUCAGCAACGGCGAGUUUUUGGAACACGCGGAGUUUGGCGGGAAUUUGUAUGGAACAAGCCGGAAACAAGUCGAGGACACCGAGAAAACAGGGAAAAUUUGUGUGUUGGACAUUGAAUUGCAGGGCGUCCGGAAUAUUAAAAAUUCGCAUCUCCAGGCAAAAUACAUCCUCAUUAAAGCGCCGAGCAUAAACAUUUUGGAAGAACGUUUACGAAAUCGAGGCACCGAGACUGAGGAAACGCUACAAAAACGUUUAAGGCAUGCUGAGGAGGAUAUGCGAGCCGUGACCAACGAUCCGCAUCUCUUUGACUACAUCAUCGUGAAUGAAGAAUUGGAAUCGGCGUACACUCAAUUCAUCAACGCCAUCAAAGAGGAUUUGGAGGCGACAAGGAAAAAGCAUCAAAUGGCCACCUCGUUCUCCCGUCUUCCACCCUUGCCCGCCCUUCGCGAUUUCAUCCAUUUGUACAAGUUGAGGGCCAAAAAAGUCCUCUCGCAGAAUUUCCUCAUGGACAUGAAUUUGACGAAUAAGAUUGUUCGCACUGCUGGCAUCAAUGAGGGCGAUUGGGUGUGCGAGGUUGGCCCCGGACCGGGUGGGAUCACACGAGCGAUUCUCGAUCGAGGCGUUUCGCGGUGUGAUGUGAUCGAAUUGGAUCAACGGAUGUUGCCCGCGUUGAGACAUGUCGGAGAGGCGGCCGGUGGACGAUUGCAUGUACAUCACGGAGAUGUGCUCAAAACGGAGAUUGGGGACAUUUGGACGGAAGCUGGGUGCUCUCAUGGCUCACAAUGGACCGACGAUCCGCCCCGAUUGCACAUUGUCGGCAAUUUACCCUUCAACAUCGCCAGUCCGUUGAUUAUAAAAUUCCUCCGUGACAUGUCCUAUCGACGAGGACCGUGGAAAUAUGGGCGAGUGCCUUUGACAUUGACUUUUCAGGCUGAGGUAGCCCGAAGGUUGGUCUCACCAAUCGACUGUGACACUCGAUCGAGGAUAUCGAUUAUGGCGCAGUACAUUGCACGACCGAAGCUCUUGUUCACGAUACCAGGUACUUGCUUUGUACCACCACCGAAAAUCGACGUGGGCGUUGUGCGAUUCGAGCCGCGAGUCACUCCGUUGAUUGGCGUGUCUUUUGAGGUAAUCGAGAAAGUCGCUCGACAAGUCUUCCACUAUCGACAAAAGUACGCGAUUAAGGGCUUAAAAACAUUGUAUCCGGAGGAGAUUGCGGAUGAAAUGGCUCACGAAGUACUGAAAGAAACGAGAAUCGAUCCAACGACAACUUCGAUCAAAUUGGGCGUGGAACAGUACGGCGAUAUGGCUAAAGUCUACGAGCGACAGUGCAGAAGCAUGCCCGGCCUGUUCGCCUACGAUUACACGAAACCGAAAGUGACCGUGGAAAUGCUGGCAAACGGUGAGAAAGCGUUGCCCCCGAAGUGUCCAUUCACCGUCGAUAUUCCGUCGAAAGGGAUAAGUUUGAGGGAUUUCGAGAUCAUUUCU